GGAAAAUAUAGAAAUUAUUUAGUAUUCUUAAAUUCUACUUCUUGAUAUUUUUGAUUAAAUUUUACUUUUUUUGUGUGUUUACUCUUGUUCUAAUAUCAAAUAAAGGUAAUAUUUACCACAAGCAUUCUGAUAACGGCGUAUUAUUGCAACCUUUUGAAAUUUACAAACAAUCAAAGGUGUUGACACCAUUAAAUAUAUAUAUAUAUAAUAGUACAGACAAUGUCUGAAAAGGGCGACGAUUUGGAUCUACUCUUAGACGAGGCUAUGAAUAUCGUCGAUCAACAGGAAAAAGAACAUGAGGAAACGGUCCGUUUGCGUGAUGCCAAGUUGCAGGAGGACCUUCAGCGUACGCUGGAGGAAACUUCAGCUAUGAGCGGGAGUGGCAUGCCAAAUGGGGAUAUUUUGAAAAUCUUCCAAUCAAUCCUAGGGGCUGCGGGGUCUGAUGAAGAUGAUACGACUUCUAUGGAAAACUUCAAACGUGAUGUCGGCGCUCUUGUGAAGUCGCUCGAAGAUGUUGAUGGUUUAAAUAAGGAAGAUAUGGAAAAUCUAGAUCGCGUUCGUAAUCUCAUGAGUGUUUUGGAUACCGACGACGACGCUCGCACGCAGGAAUUGCUUGAGGAGAUGAAGAGCAAAGACCUGACGCUCGGCCUUGACAACCUCGAUGUGGAGAACGCGAAUGUGGAGGAUGUCAUGAAGUGCUGCGUGGAGUCUCUCCAGCAGUUUACAUCAGCCACUGAGGGUCCUUUAAACGAAAAUACUGAAGCCGUCUCAUUGGAGGCCUCCAAAGUGCCCGAAGCGACGGCGUCGAACCCUCAAUCUAGCACAGGGACAUUCAUAUCCUUGCCUUCUCUCGGUGAUGUGCCUGAAAACAUUGCAAACAUGCUUUUAGAUACCAUCUUAAACUCGGAAUUUGUUGAGCCUAUUAAGUUGAUGCGAGAUUCUUACGAACCGUAUUUAGUGGAUAAAACUUCAAAACUUUCUGAGGUAGACUUGGAGAGGUAUCAUGCGCAGCACGCCAUGGCGAAGAAGAUUUGUGAUUUUCUUGUCGUGCCUAUCGAUAAAGACGACCAUGACCGCAUCACACAAUUGCUAGAAUUAAUGUAUGAAUUUUCUAAUCUAGGGGAGCCUCCGGCAGACUUAACAGAGUAUUCCCCUAAUAAGAGAACAACAAGUUCAUAAGAGAAAAUAUUCACCUUACUGUUGCUUAUUGCAUACCUGAAAAGAGUGUGGUAAGUUAAAGCAAUUAUGAUAUUUAUUAUGGGGUUGAAUCAGAAAGGGAAACAUUUUUCAAUAGUGAUGAUGAAAAAGUUUAGGAAAUUGUUAUUCCCUAGCUGGUGGACAAUCGCCAUGUUUAUAUUCAUAUUUUCCAAGAUAUAUCUAUUAUUGAGAUAAACACAAGACUGAUAACUUUCACUAAAUUUAUCCUUAACCUUGAAGGUAAGGAGUCAUAUUUGCCUAUGAGCCAAGUAAUCCAACGUAGCAACGAUAUGGCGCGACACCCGAAAAGGACAUGUAAAGACAUAACGCGGUUUGAUAAACGCAUAAAGGUACAGAUACUAAAUAUAAUAAAAGGAAUGGAACUUCAGAGAUUACUUUUGCACUCAAA